AAUUCGAUAAGAUAUCCAGUGUCAUUUUGCGAUUAGAAACGAUUUUAUCAAUCACAAAACCCUAAAAAUCGACAGAAUAAUAAUCUAAAAAUAGGUGUUGCUAAAGAAUUGUGAAAAUUAUGUGAAAUUGUCGAAAAAAAUUGGAACGAUGCCGUCAGAUAUAGGACUCAGUCGUGACUAUAGCGGUUUUGAUGGCAAUGAGAACACCAAGAAAUCCUUCGGGUUAUCAGCGGUCCUAAACAAGAGAACCUUAGUGAUAAUAUUAUUUCUUUGCAUAUCUGUCAUCAUUCCCAUACUGCUAUACCUGGAUAUCUUCGAUGAAGGAAAGCUACCAGCAAAAAUCCGUGGUGUAUGUUUGGUAGAUAACAAUUACAGAAUACCCUGUGGAAAAACGAACAUAAGCGAGAAAAUUUGCAGCGACAUAUAUUGUUGUUUUGAAAAAAAGACCAAUUCCUGUUAUCAUAAUGAACCUUCGAGUUAUUUUUACUACCAAAAGGACCAAAAAAAUUACGUAUCUAGUCAAAAGCUCACUCCUCUUGGUCUUCCUAGUACAAACUAUGUCCAAAUGAGCUACACUGAAUAUAAAGAAAGUUUGAGUAUCGUUCUUAGUGGUACAAGAAGUUUAUUCAAGAGCCAGAAGUCUUCCUUCAACAACUUCGACGUCCUCAACAACGAAAACAACAAACUAUCGUCAACGGUGUACAGAAAGAACACUACAGAGAUGCUACUUACAACCCUAAAAGGUCCACUGAUCAUCAAUAAGGACUAUCUUGAAUGGACCAUACAAUUAACAAAUGGCAGUGGUGUUCUAUUCGGUUUGGGUGGGUUGAAAAUCGAUUCAACAGAUAAUUCAACAAUUACCAAAAUCAUCUACAAGAAUAAAGACGAUCACAACACUUUACCAAUGUUCAUGGCUUAUAAUAAAGGAAAAUACCAUGCUGUUAUUGUUCAACAUGAAGGUGCUUUAGAAGUGACUGUAUUACCAUCGUAUCUUGUCUGUUUAAGAACAUUAUACACUAAUAAAAUUGAGAUACAAGUGAUAGAUGGUCCAUAUCCUAAAGAUAUUUACGAUAAAAUAAGGAGACAACAGCAACCUCAAAGUUUGUUUGACGAAUGGAUUUUUGGUGUUCAUAUCUGCAGAGAACAACCUGUAAAAAAUGUAGACGCAAUUGUUGAGUCUUACAAUUCUUUUGUGUCCCAAAAAAAAGAUUACCCUGAAUUCACUUACGAAAGCGAAUGUAUCCAUGAUGAUCUACUUCUUCAUUUGAUAGCAGAAAACUAUACUGACGGCAAGACAACAAAGCUUAUAAAAAGUCUUGGCAUAUCAGAAAACUUCGUUUUAUCUUAUCCUCCACAGAUUCCCAUCUACAGCAACUUAUUCCAAAAAUUCAAGAACUCCAGUGUAUUCUUCAAGAACAGCACAGAUGGAACUUUACAUGUUGGGAAGUAUAGAGACUUCGAUGUGGUUUACCCUAUCUAUAAUCACAUUGAUAUUCAAGAAUUGGUUCAGGAAGUACUGGGGUUGUUUCAAGGUGUGAAUAUAACAGGAUUAACAUUCACUAAUAGCUGGCCCCAAGACGAUACGUAUCUUAUGAAGAACUCGACAGACCUAUUUGUGGAUAAAAAUAUUCAAGAUACCUUCUCAUUCACCAUUCCCUGGAACCUCACAGAAACAAAUGACAUUCACGCAAGAUUUCACAACAACUACGGACCAACUUUUGCAUCAGUUGUGGAGAAGAAUAUUGCUACAAAAUUCACAUUAUCUCCAGUCUCACACUAUAACUCAAACCGACCUCUCAUAACCCAAAACCUUAACACUUCUUGGACGAAUUUGAAGACAUCUUUGCGUACCACUCUCUUCAAUAGUGUAUUUGGACGAAAUUUUUUGGCAGUACCAGUUUGUGGUUCUAACAUAUACGAUCAGAUACAUCAAGAAGACUUGUGUUUGAGAUGGUACCUUAUGGCGGCAACAAUGCCUCUUGUUAGGGUGUCAUCCACAUGUCUUCAGAGGACUCCGGUCAGCCUGUAUACGAAAUAUACCAACCAAAAAGUCAUAAGUGUUCUUGAUACCAGAAGGUCUUUAGUGCCAUACUACAGAGGGGUAAUAAAUGAAGGCUCUCCCCUUGUUAGAUCAAUGUUUUUCAAUUUUCCAAAAGACGAGAAGGUUCACAAACUUGAUGAGCAGUACAUGGUAGGUGACGCUCUAUUGGUGGCUCAGCCCAUGUCUCCAGAUAUUGCGAUUAUGAAUAUUUAUCUACCGCCAAAAGUGACUUGGUAUGAGUUUUGGGGUGGAGAAAUCUAUAACACCACGAAAGAUGAAGAAUGGAUUAAAUUUCCAAUUGUUAAAACCGACUGGAUAAGUUUCAUAUUGGCAGGACAUAUUAUCCCACAAGUUAAGAAAACUACGAAUGGUCCAGAAAUCACACUUAGAAUUGCAAUGAAAUGUGGUGACAGUUGUAAAGCUACAGGAACUUUGAUGCUUGAGCAGCUUGGUGACGUGGUAAUUAAUUUUUCAGCUUCAGGGGAAAAUAUAACAGUGACACCCUCGACUGUUCAAGAAAAAAAAGUGAAAGACAUGAUAAAAACCAUUUGUAUGUUCAAUUCCACUUUAAGUUCUUGUGAAAUUCCUGUAGAUAAAUAUAUAAUUCAAGAAUACCAUGGGUCACCUUUUUUUCAAUAAUUAUUAUGAGUUGUGUUGAUGGUUCUCGAAUAAAAUAAGUGCAAACAAACUCAACUUAUAAUUGGAAUUAAUUUCAUAAUAUUUGGUGAACAUAUAUAAAUGUUUAUGUAGUCAUAAAUAAUCAAAAAAGUUAUAUUUAUAGUUCUCCCCACACUUUGGUGUUGAGGUCGAAAAUCACUAGCUUUCCUAAACUUGCUCCCAACGUGGGCUCAUUGUCAUUGAAUGUUAAUUGAGUUGGGGUAUAAAGGCCUUUUAAA